CGAAACACGCGCACUCUCUCAUUCUCUCUCCCUCUCUCUCUCUCAAACCCUAUAAAACCCUCGCCGAGUCGAAACCCCAAGUAACAAGCGCCCCACGCCUCCGACGCGAUGAGGUCCUCGAAUCCGGGGCCGCCGCAUCCGCCGCCGCCGCCGGUGGCGGCCAGUGGCGGCGCCGCCGCGGCGAGGCGGAAGGGCGCGGCGGCGAGCCGCGAGUGGCUCGUCGUCUCCGCGACGGGGCGAUCGUACGUGGAGGAGGUGGGGAAGCACUCGAUCAUGGACAGCGCGGGGCUCCCCGCGCGCGACCUUAGGGUUCUCGACCCGCUCUUUUCCUACCCCUCGUCGAUCCUCGGGAGGGAGCGCGCGAUCGUGAUCAAUCUCGAGCACAUCAAGGCGAUCAUCACCGCCACCGAGGUCCUGAUCCCCAAUUCUAAAGAUCCCAUCGUCGCCCCCUUCGUUCGCGAUCUCCAAUCCCGUAUCACCGAUUCGCAUGGAAGCAAUCCCCACAUGGGUGAGCUGCCAGCAGGUCAUGGAACAGAUUUCUGUAGACAGAAAAGUACCCUGCCGGGCGAAGUGCCAAAAAGCAGCAGUUUGCCUAGCUUGAUUGUUCACAAAUCUGGGAGUACCAAAAUACUGCCCUUUGAGUUCAGGGCACUUGAAGUAUGCCUUGAGUCCGCUUGUAGGCGCUUGGAAUCUGAGACAACAACACUGGAACAAGAGGCAUAUCCGGCUUUAGAUGAGUUGACUUCAAAAAUCAGCACAUUGAAUCUUGAGCAUGUCAGACAAAUCAAGAGCCGUUUGGUCACACUAUCAGGGCGUGUGCAGAAGGUGAGAGAUGAACUUGAGCAUUUAUUGGAUGAUGACUCGGAUAUGGCUGAGAUGUACUUGACAAGGAAGAUUUCUAGUCAAGGACUUGGUGAAUCUAUGUCAAGAGUUGAUUCUGAUAUUUAUACUUUGCACGAGGAUAGGGAGAGGAAUGAGACAGAGAGCAACAAUGGAAGCAUUGGCGGAAUUAAGCCUAACAUUGAAGAGCUGGAGAUGCUUCUAGAAGCUUACUUUGUGCAGAUCGAAGGCACUCUGAACAAACUCUCCCACUUGAGGGAGUACGUGGAUGAUACCGAGGACUACAUCAAUAUCAUGCUGGACGAUAAGCAGAAUCAACUGUUACAGAUGGGAGUGAUGCUCACGACCGCAACCGUGGUGGCCACGGCAGGCAUCGUGGUCGUGAGUUUAUUCGGAAUGAAUAUCCACAUCGAGCUUAUGAAGGAUCCGGAGACCGAACAGCAGAAGAGAGCCUCCAACAUCAACUUUUGGGAGACCACUUUGUGGUCUGCUUUCGGCUGUUUGGUGCUUUAUAUCUUAGCAGUCAUACUGGGGAAGAGAAGCAGAUUGCUACAGUGAUGAUGAGUCCGCUUUUUGGUUCAUUUCAUCUCAAAUCAAAAGGUGCUUCACCAACAGAAAGGGUAAUAGAGAUUUUUGAAGCGCUCAAUUAAGACUUUUUUUUUGGCUUCGACCACAUGAUUAGUAGCGCAAAUUUAAUUCUUCUCUUGAGUUAUUUUUGAAGUGCAACAGUACCGAACUAGUUCGCAAUAAAGUCGCUUCCGAGGAUGGAUUACGUAUGAUCCUGAGCUGCCGGAUGUUCUGUCACAGCUGCACCGCCCCCCUCUAUGUAAAUAUCUUCAAUUUCUGCUCCUCUCUGUUUAUCAUCUAUUGGAUCGUCGAAGUUUUAGUUAACUCUGCUACCAUCCUUUGAUUUAUUUUUUAGUGUUAAAUAAAGCAGUAUUAGGUUUUCUUACCAUCAUCUUCUACAGAAAACAAGUACCUUUUAGUCGUA